AGGAAAAGAAGCGCAGCGCUCACUCCGGGUUUAUCAUUUGAUUAAAAUAAAAUAGUCACGUCACUUAGGAUAAACCAAACCAAUGUGAGACGCGGAAAUGACAAAGAUCUGAUCUGAUCGUGCGCUUCGUAAACCCGAUCUCACUCACAAUUCAUCAUCAGAAUAGAGUUUAUUUCACUGAGAAGAAUUGAAACUCUUCUGAGGGGCGGAACAACGGACAGAUAACACGGUAGAGAUCAUGUGCUUCACGAAUCUGAUCUCACUUCUCAUGCGGCUCUUCGGCUGGAUAUAUCGUAAAGUGAUGAUUUCUGAUGAUGGGGUGGAAACGCCCGUGUUUUUUGAUCUCGAGACAACGGGACUUGACACGUCAACCUGUGAUAUCGUUCAGCUGUCUGCCAUCAGCGGAGAGAACUCGUUUAACGCGUACAUGCUGCCCCGGUGCCGUAUGACCGACGGAGCCGCUCGAGUCACGGGUCUGACGGUACACGACGGAACCUUACACCUCCACCGGCGACCCGUGUCAACCACUCCGCACAGACAAGCGCUCACCGGAUUCAUUUCAUUCCUCAAAACCGUCAACAGACCCUUUCUUGUGGGACAUAACAGCAUAAGGUUCGACUGGCCCAUUCUGAUGAGGGUUCUGAAGGAGUUCGGGCUGUCUGAGGAGUUUGGGGAGGUGGUGUCCGGGUGUGUGGACACACUGAGUAUGAGCAGGGAGAUGUUCCGUCUGGAGAGAUACUCGCAGCCGUUCCUCGUCCUUCAUUUCCUGCGACAGACGUACGGAGCUCAUGAUGCGACCGAGGACGCGCGGACCCUACAAGAGCUCUACGGAGUGUGGAAACCCUCUUAAGAGCUUGUGAUGAAGCACAAAAUCACACCCUUUUACAGACACAGCUCAGGAAACUUUAGUUUGUAGUUAACUAUUGUGGGAGACGAAAAGUGACAAAUAUAAAUAAAAAAAUCAGUGUAUAAAUAAAUGUUGAACUAGGAAAUACAGAUACAUGUUUAAAUACAGAAACGGUACAAAUGUAUGUUGAUGUAUUGAAAUACAGGCAUACAUUUGAGCUAAUAAUAUAAUUGACGUUUUCGUCUCCAAAGUAUACAUUUCAGAAUGUAUUUGUACUUCCUUAUUAGAAACACUGAUCAUUGAAAAAUAUUGCAGUUUUUGUUUCGUCACAACGUUUGUGUACUAAACUCAAGAUUAGUGGUUUAGUUGGUGAAAUUGUUCUUUUACAUUUCCGGUUCUGUCAGUUUUGAAAUGACAAUGGCUAUUGUCUAAAAGCAUUAUAAUUGGAAUUUGUAAAUGCACUGCAUGCGAUUAACGUUUUUGAAAUGAUAAAUCAUAACAUUAUACAUGGUGAAAUCAUGUAUCUGUUUGAUCUUUUUUUGCAAAUAAACUCUUCAUGUAAAUACUUACAGAAUUUUUAUUUUAAUGGUAGUGAACUCAUUAACACACCAUGAUGGUUAGUAACUAGACUAUAUACUACAGAUACUGAAUUUAUCCACUGAUACCGAGAGUCGAUUAUUCAGCGUGCUAUCUGACGAUUCUGAAGAUUAAAUUAUUAUUAACUUUCUGAAUGUUAUUAAUUCAUACAAUAUUAAACAUCAAACUGAUGUUAUAGCGGAUAGUCUGAAAAAAAUGUUUAUGACCGAAACCGAUUAUUGGCAUCAGUGGAUCUUUAUUACAUAUCUACCAUCUGCAUGUCAUCUUAUUUUCCAUGUUAAAAUGAAUAAUCUCAUUCACGCAAACAUUGAGACACUGACGAACAGCAAAUAACUUGGA